UAUAAACUGCGAUGAGGCCAAACCACAGUCAGCUGCGGCUGAGCAUCGUUUCUGUCCUGACACCGUCUGGAGACUUGAACAUUUGGACGAAUUUACAAAAGUCAUCGUAAGGACACUUUGAUCAUGGAUAUAACCGUGGUUAAGCUGGACGGGACUUCCCACACACUGAGGGUGCUCCCAGGGGACACAGUGGGCUCUCUGAAACAACGCAUCCAGGAGAAAUUUGGAGUUCCCUGUGAGAGCCAGAAGCUGAUGUUUGUUAACGGGCAAAACAUUCAUCUCAACAACGACCUGAUGCAGGUCAGCUCGUACGGUUUACACAAUGGGGCCAGGGUGUCUCUGCUGGUGAUCCAGCCGCCGACCAUCCAGGUGUUUGUCAGAAACGAGAAGGGGAAGACAAACACCUAUGAUGUCAAAUCCGACGAGACCGUGAACAACUUGAAGAGCAGGGUCCAGAGCAGAGAGGGGGUCCCGGUGAGCCAGCAGAGGCUCAUUCACCAGAGCAGAGAGAUGCUGGACGGUAAACUCUCGGAUUACGGCGUCGUCGCAAACAGCACCAUCGACCUGAGCCUCCGCCUGAGAGGAGGCUGAGAACAAACCUGGUUAUUAGAUCAUAAAAUAUUCUGGAAAUCAUUGUUGUAAUAUUUGAAAGUUAAUGUUCUCUACACGUUUUGUUUUUUAAAUCAGCAAGUUAUUGUUACAUAGUCUUUAAUAGUUUAUUUAAUAUAAAUAAUGAAACUAAAUUAUAGCAAAUACCACAUUCCCUACUUGUGUUUUAAUUUUUUUUUUUUUAAUGCAUUCCUUAAUGUGUAAUCCUGUCAUUUCUUCAAAACCUGUUUCGGGACUGUUAUUUAUGAGAGGGGAAGGCGUUAUCCCAAAUGAUGAAGGCGCAAUUUUCUUGGUACUGGGGAGGAAGUUAUGUUUUUUGAUUUUUCUCAGGGAAGGGACAUCCAGCCUUAAAUUGUCAUAUUU